AGAACCAAGCUCACGCAGCACUGAUUUUGGCGGCCGUUUUCAGUAUUUCUAGUGCACGUCGCUCUGAUUUCCCCACCUAUAACGUAAAAAUGUUUAUGAACACAUCCUGGCCAAUAUGGACGUAUGAGACUACUCGAAACACAAGUUUCGUUUGCCAAGUGGAUAGCGUGCUGAAUAUAACUGAAGAAUCUGUGUGCUUCAACAGAUCUUAUUGGAACUCGAAUUGGACAACAGAUACCCUGGAAGGAACGUUCGAUACAAGUGACCUCAGCACGAUGCUUGUCGGUGGUAUAGGUGGCCUGAUGGACCACAGCGAGACUUUGCAGUUUGCGAGCGGCAACUACACGUGUGGUGUUUUCAUCAUGCGACCAAGUGGUGGUGGACUCGACUGGUGGGAACUCAGGUUCAAGGAUGUCAACAAAACCGGAAAACCAGAGGAGGAGUGCGUGGAAUAUUUCAACAAAACAGGGGAAACAGGCUAUGUUCUCUACAGUGAUAAGUGCAAACAUUUGCAAUGAUAUGUAUGUACCCGUACAAAAAUGAGUGUUGAUUAACCAUUGAUAUAUUGUUGGGGAAUUGUUGAAACAACGGACUUCAACAAAUUUACAAGAGCAAUUGAGUUCACUCAAUCCUUGCACAACAAUAUUACCAUUGAGUGUUCUCAAUAAACAAUU